AAAAAAAAGUUGAGAAAAUUGUGUAUAUUUUCCCCUCUCCAUCCCCUCGCCGUCUCCUCCUCCGUCUUCCCGAGUCCACCCGCCGCCUCCGCCGAUCUCCGGCGGCGACCGCGAGCAGGGGCGCCGCCGUCACCGAAGGUUUGGGGAGGCUCAACGUUGGAUCCGCUCCUGACAUGGCUGACAACAGCAAAGAAGAGGCGGUGGGAGAGGGAGCAGCUCCCCGCGGAGCGGACUGGGAGGUGGUGUCUCUCACUGCAUCUGCCUACGCAGCAGCGCCGGGGCCAGGCGGAGCAGCGGACAGGCCACCUGUGGCGGCGGCGAUGGCUGCGAGCCAGGAAGGAGGGAGCUCAGCGAACGCGCUCUUCAUGUCUGACCACUUCGUGUUUCCUCCGAGUGAGCAUGAGAAUCUGCCGAUCGAGGCCGGUUUCGAUGAGAUCCAGCCCGAGAAGGACGCGCGGGAGGCGAGCACGAGCGUGGAGGAUGAGGGCUUCAAGAAUGUGGGCGGGAGCUAUGGCGAUGAGCCUGAGAGAAUUCAGUUCUAUGAUGAAGGAAGAAGCCUCUCGGUUGAUGAUGUGGAGAUGAUGGGUGAUGCUGCUGAGUAUGGUUCGUUUCACGUGCAAGAUGAUUUCGACAAUGACGACUCUCAUGACAAAUCAGAUUUGCCCCCAGAGUCUGUGGACAGCAAAACCCGUGAUUCUGGCACCCCUUGCAAGUGCUGGCUGAAGAAACAUAUGUCGUGCUUGUAUCACCAAGCCAAGGAAACAAAUGCUCUCUGGUCUGUGGUGGUUGCAGCUGCUCUUGUUGGACUUGUAAUCUUGGGACACUGGCACAAAGACAAACUGCACCUUCACAAUCUUAAAUGGCGGUCUCGCUCAGCCGUGAGAGGGUGACCAACAGGGCUGGUGGGUGUUUUUAUGGUCUUCUUUGAUGCAACCUCUCAUAAAGUCUUCACAUGUCAACCUGAAGUUGUAACUGAGAUGGUUGUGGCAAUAUGAUUGUCACAAUGACGAAAGGAGUAUACUUUGUAAUAAUAUGAAGUUUGCCAGGGGUUCUUGUAGCCUUCGUUUGCUUGCCUUGACUGCUUCUGAGAUGCUGAAGUUUCCACCGCUACUCACAUCACCGUACCUCCAUACACUUGCUAUGGCACAUUUACUUUUAAUUUUCCAGUAGUGUACAUUUUGAGGAAUGGCUGUCUACACGCAAUUGCAUACUGUGAAAUCCAUGGUAACCUCAUUGUUCUUCCCGAACAAAAGA